AUGCCAACAGCCCUCAUUAACACUGAAGAUCUUGCCCCAUUUAGGGCAGCUUUGUGCUCAUCACUAUCUUCGGUGCUGGUCGAAUUGCGUUUUGGCACAUACAUACAUCUUGCACCUUCUGCUCCGUGGAACCAAAAUCAAGAACCCGUAAGCCCUGGAUUUAAAGAGUAUGAGCGAGAUCUAAUGAAUGGAGUGGCCAAAGCAGAUGUCAUAUUCUGCCGCACCUCCUCCGAGAACCCGCUCUUUUCCGCAGAAUACCUGCUAUCUACACAAUCUACGCCUCGAAAGGGCCGAUUUAUCGCAGCAGGGUCAUGUCGGCCAAAUAUGGCUGAAUUGGAUCCCCGCAUCCCCAAGGAUGCUACGGAGGCUGCCCGGGUUUAUAACAAUUGUCCGGGCCCAGUUCUGAGUCGUGGAGCCGUGGUGGUGGAUACCCUCGAAUCGUGCCUCCUGGACGCAGGAUAA